AUGCUUGAAUGCUCGUUUUUCACUUUUGAAGAUUCGUCACAGCCAAUCAUUUUCCGAAUUAAGCCACUGCUAUAUCCAAAGCUGUACCUGACAUUUGAAAAUUCCAAAUGCAUAAAGGUCGCUAAUAACACCCUCAUCCCAAACCAUUCACCAACACAUCAGAACAAUUUGUCCAAUGACACACCAACAGCCUCAAUGCACUUAGAAACUGUACCACAAGCCCAAGAACAAAGCAUGUCAUACACAAUCUUUAAGUUUGCUGCUACGGAUCUUGAGACACUCACCACACCCCUGGAGGCCAACUCACAACUCAAAUCCCAAAUCCCAGCUAAACAAAAUAAAGCCCAGACUCUAGCACUCUAG